AUGUCAGAAGCUCUUGAGUUCGAUGAAGUCUACGAAGUGGAAAGUGCCAAGCCCAAAGGGUGUGGCUCGAAGUUCAAGAAAGGCGUCAUGGACAACAUGUUCACCAUCCUUACUCUAAUCGGCGUCGCGAUUGGUUUCGGAAUUGGCUUCGGCGUUGGAACUACUAAUCCUUCAGAGACUGCCAUAUUGUGGAUCAAAAUGCCUGGGACAAUUUACAUUCGACUUCUUCAACUCACUAUAUUGCCUGUCAUCGCGGCAAACAUUAUUGUUGUGAUGUCAAAAAUGGAUCCUAAGAAGAAUGGCAAAAUGGGAUUGGCUGCAAUCGGCUUCGUGGUCUGUUUUGACAUCAUCAGUGGCCCCAUUGGAGUAAUUAUUGCUGUUCUGAUGAAGCCUGGUGCGCUAACCCAAGUACAAGAAUCCAACACGACAGAGACACUUGGACCUUACGACGCUCCAGUUACUACGUCCGACGUUUUCGCCGACCUUUUUCUUAACAUAUUCCCAGACAACAUCAUCGGCAUUACAAUCUACCAGACAAAAACCAUUCGAAAAUGGCCAAAUUUCCCAGAUAAAAAUGUCACUGUACCCGUUAAGACUCAACUCGAUUCAACGGACAUGAUUGGACUGAUAUUUACAACAAUUAGCUUUGGCAUAGCCGCUGGUGCUACAGGCGAGGCGGGAAAGGCAUUUGUCGACUUCUUCGAAGCUGUUAGCCACGUCGUCCUGAUUCUAAUGCGAUGGUUUUUAAAGGCAACUCCGGUGGGUGUUUGCUUCAUGGUGGCUGGUGCGGUUGUGGGAUUGAAGGACGUAUCGGGAACCUUCCAGAGCCUUGGCGUCUUUAUGGGCACGGUGCUUGUAGCACUGGCAGUCCACAUGAUCAUCCAAAUGGCCGUCUACACCAUUGCCUCCUUCCGAAAUCCCUUCAAACUACUGUGGGUCGGCUUCCGGGUGUUCUUCCUUUCUUUCAUCACCACAGCACCGGUCAUCGCAAUUCCUGAAAUGAUUGAAACGUGCGACCGCUAUGGACUUAAGAAGAAGGUCAGUCGAUUUGUGAUACCCUUCUCGGCAGCGUUGAAAGGGGACGCGUCGGGUGCCUUCCAGGCAGUCUCCUGCGUCUUCAUCGCUCAACUCACGAAAUUCGAUUUGACGGUGGGAACCUACGUGGUGAUAGCGCUGCUAACUGGUUUUGCAACGUUGGCCAUCCCCAAUGUACCAAGCUCCAGCAUUGUCAUCAUCAUAACCAUCUUAUCGUCACUGGGCGUUCGGACAGACGAGGUGUCGUUGCUGUUUGCGAUUGAAUGGUUCAUGGACCGAUGUCGGUCUGGUUCGAUUGGCUUGGGCCACUUAUUCGCCGCGGCGUUUACCCACUCGGUGGCAGUUGGGAGACGAACAGAGGGCGCUCCAGGUAUAGACGAUGAAUCCGACGACGAGGAGGACGAGAAAGGGAAUGUCGUCGAAGACGAAUACGUAGUAUCGAUCUCCGAAUAA